GGAGGAAGAGGGUGAGGCGGUGGGAACCCAAGACCGAAACACCGAAGCACACAUCGUAUAAAUAUCACGUGAGCCAUCCCUCCCUGGUUGCGGCUGAGUCUGCGCUAUUUAGAAAAUCUCGGCUUAGCGGGAGGCCCUCCGAUUCUCUCCCCUCCCCUCUCCUCCCCUCCUCUCCUCUCCUAUCCUAUCCUCCCAUAUCAUCUCAUCUCAUCUCAUCUCCUCUCAUCUCGCGCUAACGAGCGCCUCCAACCAACCGCCUCUCCGCGGUCCUCCGAUCGUCGUCUCUUGCGGUUCCGCCGCACGCGGUUUAUUCACGCUGCGGCUCUCUCGUGACGCUCUGUACCGCUUGCCGUUUUCCGCCUUUUCCCGACCAUCGGUCCCAACCGAGCCGAGAGUCCCCUUCCCGGACCCCGUCAUCCCUACCAUCGAUAUUCGGCCCAGUCGGAGCUAACCCGCCGAUCCUGUUCCAGUCACUCUGCGAUUUUAAUAUCGUCGACUCUGUUCGGUUGUGCACGUGUCGUUUCUAACACAGUCCUAGGUGGAAUAAAAGGAAGGAAAUACGAGGAAAUAGUUACGCUACUGAGUGCAGUGAAAACCGGAAGUGUCUACGCACACACACACAUAUAUACAUAUGUAUAUGUAUAUAUUUAUAUAUGAAACGAUGGAGGAGAUACAUGAUUAGAAGGGUGAGGGAAGGAUGAAGAAUGCCCCGCGGCGCCGGGGAAGGAGGCGAGAGGGCGAGCAGCGGUGGCGGAUUCGGAGGAUGGCUCGGAGGGGCUGCCAGAGCAAUGACGGGAGGAGCUGGAGGCGGUUACGUUGUCCUCGGUGGCACGAGAUACGGUCUCAGACUGUCCCAGGUGACGAAACCGUGCCGACAGGAGAGCAUCCCGGCAGCGAGUGGUCGGGAUCAAGAUUCGUCGCAGGAUCGUCGGAAGAAGCGCAACUCGCGGGAAGCGGCGGGAGAUUCAAAUUCGCGGGAGCGUCUGACAGACAAGCCGGCUGGCGGCGUUGCUGGUGAUAAUAAGCCGGGCUUGGACCUGGCGAGCAGCGUCGCCGAUUGCUGCUGCAUCGGGCCCCGUUCCCGGCUGCCGCUUCCACGCGUCUCUUCCUCGUCGACGGGGGCGACGCUCGGCGUCGGGGGCGUCGGGGGCGGCAGCAGCAUCGGAAUUAGUAACGGGCCGCCGACGCUGCAGCGACAAGCGGAGCCACCGGCAACGGCGGGACAACUGCCGCCAAACUUCUUGGCUAAUAAUAAACAAGGAGGCGGUUUUCAGCCAGCCAGCCACGGAUCGGCCGCGACCUCACUCCCAGCCUCAGUGGUCCACUCAGUGUCGGUGCCACGACAGCUUGCCCAGUGGACCAAACACCAAACCCUCAAGUUACAGGAGCCAGCUGUGACAGCAGUGGACCGUUUGCACAGAUUCCGUUGGAGUGGGGGCGGAGGGGGGAGCGGCAAGAAGUCCUCUUCCAGCCCCCGCAGCGACAAGGCCGAGCGUCUCCGAGAGCUGACGGAAAAGCUGAAGGUCCCAGCGCCGGUCCCACCACCCCGCAGGCCGUCGAGGUUGCAUGCCUCUUCGCCGCCCCCCCAACAGCAGCAGAUCCAGAAUUGCGGAAGUUGCGAGGAGCGUCCGACGGGUCUGAGGAGUUACACGUACAGCGAGGGAAGCGGAAGCAACAACUCGUCGUCGUCGGGAAAUCAGUCGAGGACCUUACCUAGGAGUGAGAGUGUCAGUGAAGAGUGUGUUAGUGGUGGAGACCCGGUUCUUCAGAGCAACGGUACCGAGACCGGUAACGGUACUGGUUCCGUCAGGCGGAAACAGGGAAGGGGAAAACCGCCCCUACGACACGAGGAGAGGAUUGACAGUGCCGUCGAUGAAGGGAGGGUGGUUUCAAGUGAGGGUGGUAACAGUGACGCGAGACACUUGCGCCAGUACAGUGAUUCCGUUGUGGACAGUGCCCGAAGCCUCGCCGAGCUCUGCGAUACCCUGCCGAACGCCGCUUCGGCUCGCGGAUCGGACCCCGAGGCACGUGACGCCGUCACACGACUCGAGCCGAGGGGCCCGCUUCUCUCAUUUCACAGAAGCGGCGCCCCCUACAGAAGCGCAUCUUUUGGCCAGGUCGACUUUAACCACGGUAGCCGACUCAGGGUUCAACCACAUUCGAAAUCCGAGCGGGACGAAGGCCGCGAUGUCAGGGCGAGUACGCUGCCGAGGCGUCGGGGGGAGGCGAGUCCCACCCCCGGCUCUGCGUCGCAAAGUCCAAGUCGGCAAAGCCCCAGGGCCAGCACCACCAGCGUCGACAGCGCUGUAGGAAGUGCCGAAGGCUUUGGAAACCAGGGUCAGGAGGAGGUCAGGCCCAGGAGUGACGGCUCCGACAGCCUUGCCACCUCCAGCGCCCUUACCAGCCCCGAACCCCCCGUUCCCGAGAGCCACGAGCCCAGGGUUGAUCUUGUUCAGCCUGAUCUACCCGCCCCUGAGUGUCUGCCCGACAAUUCCGACGUCCUUGAAACAGCUGUUGAGGAGGUUGUUCACAGAGACUCUAAGAUCGAGCCGCAUGAAGUUAUAGUGACGCCACCGCCAGAGGAGCCACGGUUGAGUCAGGCGAGCGAAGGCAGCGAGGCACCGUCGGAAACGCCGUCGGAGGCUUCAUCGCCGGGAAAGCCUCGACGAUACCGAGGCGACACGAGCAAGCGUCGAAAAGGUGUCUACAUAACGCAGUGGCCGGAACCCUCGGAUGCCGACAGAAACAAACUCGCUGCUCAGAGCAGCGAGGAGCGGGACGACGUCCCGGCGACACCGAGCGACCUUUCCGACUGCGAAGGCCAAACGCCACGGAGGUACAGCAAGCGACCGCUGCGCGGACCUUACGGGCAGAUGCUUGAGGCCGAAAUGGCGAAGCCUAGAACCCCGGAUAUCGGCCUGAUGGACGGGGGUCUGAGACCCAGACGCAAGGUGUCGGCCAACCUCUCCUAUAGCGCCGGAACCAACAGCGGCUCGGAACCGCCAACUCCCUGUCAUCACAGGACCACGUCCAGCCCCAGCAAACUCGAAGGACUUCCUGGACCCAGUCCCGAACUCCUCGCUGAGUUGCUGAGGGGUUCUUCUGAACGUGUUGCGCGCGCACCGACAACUCAUCGAAAUGAUACCAGAACCCACGUCGUUGUCGAACUUUACGAUACGGAAAGAUCCUACGUCGAGGCUCUUCAGAUCCUAGUCAACAAAUAUCUCCAGCCUCUGAAGAGCCCCGAGAAUAGCGGCCUCGUCGAUUCUGCCACUGUUGACGAAAUAUUUUACCAGAUUCCGGCGAUACUGAGUCACCAUGAAAUAUUUCUCGAAGAGUUAAGGAAACGAUUGGAAUCAUGGGAACUGCGACAGACUAUAGGCGACGUGUUUCUAGACGUGUUCACAAAGCCCGACGUCUUAGAGACGUAUACGCUUUUUUUAGACAAUUGGAAAUCAGCGGAAAAGGCAAUAAAGUCAACGUGCCAAGCGAAACCAGCAUUCGCAAGAUUUCUCGAGACGAUGGAAAGAGAGCACAAGGGCAAACUCGGUCUGGAUCAACUGCUCAUUAAACCGGUGCAAAAAAUUCCGCGAUACGAAUUGCUCAUUCAGAGGCUGCUCAAGCACACUGACCAAAAUCAUCCCGAUCACGAGCUGCUGACCGCCGCUCAAAAAGAGGUUCACGAAUUAGUCGUCAAGAUAAAUUGCACCGAGAGGGAAUCCCUCGAGUGGGAACAGCAGCAGACGACUCUCAGAGAGGUCCAAGCUCUCGUCGAAGGACUCGCAGGGAUCGUUACGAACGACAGAGCAUUUAUUCGACACGAUUUAGUGACGAUAGCGUCGAAUCAGGGAACGAGAAAAGAGAGAGCCCUUUUUUUAUUUUCGGACUUGUUGGUUAUAACGAGCAUAAAGCGACGGAGCGGCACGAUUAGAAAACCCUCGACGAGCUCCUGUCCGAAUAGUUUGGUCGGUCUGCUCGAGGCGAAUAAGUACAAAAUGCUGAUGAGGAUAGCGCUCGACGAUCUCGAGGUGAUGAAAGCGAAAGACGAAAAUCUCCGGAGAAUGGCGAGGGAAGUUGAUCACUUAAGGGAGGAUUGCUCGACUUUGACUCAGUUGACGGAAUUGGCGGCUAAUUUGCACGGCGCGAAGCAGCAAUUGGAGGAAGUGAUAACGGACCUCCUGAGUCAGACUCAGCGACAACUGGCCGAGAGGAACGCAGCUCAUUCGCAACUGGCUUGCCUGGAGCUGACUCUGAACACACAAGCUGGGAUCGAGAAUAUAUCGGUGAUGUUCACCAAGCCGGACAAGCGGGCGAGCUGGGAGGAGAGUUUCAACGAAGCGAAACAGAAACUGGCUCUAUCGGCGGACAGAAGACCUUGUCCAGAGUUCGUUGGCCCGUUACCUAUCAGAAAAACUCGCGCUGGUCUUCAGUUCACUUGCGCAGCUCCGACACUGGCCAAUGGUCAAGGACCCCGGGACGUCUGGGUCUGCAACAGCGACGGAUACGUUGGUCAAGUAUGCGUUUUAAGCCUGACGCCGGAACCACCCCAAGUCACCUCGUGCAACGGGGUUUGUAACGCGAGAAUCCUCUGCGUCGCCGGUAUUCCUGCCUGCACUCAGGGAUCGAACCUCUGCGUACCGAAGAACAAUCCAUUCGUCAGCGGUAAAAGCGGCAUAAGUAUUUCAGUUCAAGACGCAGAUGCAACGGGUGGAAACAUUCAAUUGGACAGUAGUUCAAGUUCCGAUGACUCCGAUUCUGAUGACAUUCCAUGCGCGGAUGCCGGGAGUUCUUCGAUGGGUGGUGACGUGUCGAGUUUGGAAGGGGUUGGCAUGGAGGAGGAUCUUAACCAGCCCACGAUGUGGCUGGGAACCGAGGACGGCUGCAUCCACGUCUACAACUGCAGCGACAAUAUUAGGAUAAAGAAGAAUAAAGUCAAGAUCCAGCACGGCAGCAGCGUGCACUGUAUUAUAUAUUUAGAUAACAAAGUUUUCGUGUCACUGGCAAACGGAGACAUCACUGUCUACUCGAGAGACCAUCUAGGCGGAUGGAUAACCAGCGAUCCGACAACGAUUUCGGUCGGAACUGUCGCCUCACCGGUCACGAAGAUGCUUCCAGUGGCAGGCAAGCUGUGGUGCGGCUGUCACAACACGAUAAAAAUCCUCAACACCCAUCCCCUGGACAUCGAGCACACCUUCGCAGCCAGCAACGACACAAGUCGACCCGUUUCCUGCAUGGCAAGCUACGGUGGUCCCGGAGUAUGGAUUUCCAUUCACAACAGCGCCGUCCUGAGGCUUUUCCAUGCCGGUACUUACGAGUGCCUGACAGACAUCAACAUCGCACCUGCGGUGACAAAGAUGCUUGCCACAGGUUGCGAUGACAUUAUAAGACAGCACAAAGCGGCCUGUUUAAGAGUUACGGCACUUUUGGCCUGCAACGAGUUGCUAUGGAUUGGAACGAGUGCAGGGGUCCUUCUUACGGUUCCGAUUCCCCACAUCAAGUCUUCGACCCAGAGGAUGUCGCAGCCACCUACGGUUACAGGAAUUCCCCACGGACACACGGGACACGUGAGAUUUUUGACAUGUGUCGAAACAACGUCACCAGUGAAACCUGAUCCCCGGCCAAAAAUGGACAGGUACUCGUUGAAGUCGUCGAAGGUCCAACAGACCAACAUAAACCUGGGAAAAUUGUUGGUCAUAUCGGGAGGCGAUGGUUACGAAGACUUCAGAGGGCCCCAAGCUUCGGCGGAGCUUCAGGCCGGCCGCGAGGACUCAACGAAUCAUUUACUUUUAUGGAAAGUAUGAUCGAAAUAUUGUAAACGGCCACUGAACUGGCCCGUAGGUGAUAACUUCGGAUGAACGAGCUGAGGUAAUGAGAGACGGAAGGGAAAGGAAAAAGGAGGUUAGAGAUGAGACGUGGACCUAUUCGAGUGAAUCGACACUUUCCGAAUUUUGUCCCGAUCAGCUGAAGAAGAAACGGUCAAAGUGUCCGGAUAUCGAGGAGUUUUAGUCAUUGGCGAAACGAAUACUGCGAGGAUCAAGAGCACGAGGGAAUUUUGCGACGGGAGAUUCGAGCGAGGAAAUAUUGUUGAAAGUUAAGUAUUCUGAAUUACCAGAAUCACAGAUGAAAGAUGCAGGAUGGAGAUUGAAAAUAAAUAAAUAAAUAAAUAAAUAAAUUUAAAAAAAAAAGAGAGAAACAAAAAUAAUAUUUUUGCUGUCAAUCAAGAUUUCGAUACUUAUUAUUAUACAUGUACACCGAAGCGGCGACUAUCAGAAAACAAUAUAUAUAUACAUUAUAGAUCGUGUACAAUUAUAUGAGAAGGAAACAAUUACACGUCGUCAAGCGAUCUGGGAUCCAUUGCAUACGUUUUAUUUUUUUUAUUAAUAUUUUAUUUUCCAACCGCGUCCACAUCGGCGAAUAUUAUAUGAACAUAAGUAUCGAUCGAUCGAUCGAUCAAAUUUCUAAAGUACGAUUCUUUCGUUUCCCCCCAUUUGACAUCUCAACGGUCACGUUUUUAAAUUUGAAGCAACCGAAAGAACAAAUAAAAACGAACAACGUGGAAAAAAAUUUAUUUAUAUAUAUAUAUAUAUAUAUACAUAUAUAGAGCGUUUACGUAAAUAAACGGUAUGUCGAGCUUAUCUACAAGAGCCUGAGUUACCUGAGAGUAGUCGGCGUAUCCGAUACGCAAUUAUAUAUACACUACGUAUAAAUAUAUGUAUUCGUAUAGAAUAUAUAUAUAUAUAUAGCAUGCUGCGAGAAGAAGGUGUAAUAACAGAUGAGAAACUUAUAAUUGAAGAAUUCGCAUAUGAAUACGUCAGUAGACCUAUACGCAUACGCACACUCACGCAUACGUAUUAUCUGUCAAUAAGUCUAUUCGAAACGUAGGCCUAAAAAUGGUUUUUUCAACAAAUCAAUGAAUAAACGAACGGACAAAUAAAUGAAUAGAUAAAUAAGUGGACGCGUGUAAGUACACCUAUUAUUAUUACCUGAUUGUAACUUGCGUCAACACUAUUAUGCAAAAUAUACACACACUCGUAAGAUGUACGGAGAAUCAAAUAAUCGUGCAGAAUUUAUUUUCUUACACACGAACAUAGAGAGACAUAUUAUUAUAAUUAUACUGCUUCGAUUUUUCGCGUACGCGGUUAGAAAGAAAGAGAAUGGAGAAGAAGAAUGAAAAAAACAUGUCAGGUGCCAAAUUUUUAAUUUAUUCAUUAAAUCACACAUAAAUAAAUAUAUACAUAUGUAUAUAUUUAUACAUGUUUAUGGUGUUUGAAAAAAAUUUUAUAAAUGAAAAAUUAAUCAGUUAACAGCCAAGGAAAGGAAAAUAAAAUAUAUAAUAUACGAUUAACACUUAUUAUUUGUACACCCUGCAUUGCUCAGAUUUUAUUUUGUAUAACGCCAUCUUGAUAGGAUAUUAUUACUUACGUAUAUAUUAGAUAUUGAGAUCCGAUCGAGUCGGCUGCAAGAGUUUAACGACUGAUUAUUAAAUUAUUGUAAUACAAUUUCAUUGGUAUAUAUUGGUAUAUACCUAUAGAGUGCAUAAUACAAUAUAAAAGUUGUCUCACUGUUCGAAAAAGAAAAUAAAAAUUUUUUUCCCGAUUUCCGUUUCACCCACAGCGCCUGAAGAAACUGAAAAUUUCGUUUGAUUGAUCAAUUUUUGUUGCUUCAAACUUUUUUUAUCCUACGAAAGGCAAUCCGUAUAUAAAAUAAACUAUGCGUUCGGUUGAAGAAAAAGAGAAUUUUUUUGUAAUCAAAUCUACGGUUCACUGUGUUUUGCGAAAGUGAAUUGAAAAAAUGAAAAAAAGAA